AUGCCGGACCAUGAGCAAAUCUUCACAUAUGAACAUGUUCCAUCAUAUUGCUCCAAGUGUUGCAAGAUUGGACAUAAAUUGAGCGACUGUAGAGUUGGGAAAUCGCUGCCGCUAGUGAAUGAAGUUGCGAAGGAGCAUGAUCGAAUUCCGAAGAAGAAAGGAUUUAAAUUGCAGCAAUCAAAAGUUACCUGGGGUUCCAAAGCCAAGAAGGCGAUUCCAGAGCUUGAUGUUGAGAUUUUGCAAACGCAACCUCUAAUUAUUAGAGCGGUUGGACCACCAGUUAAAGAAUUACAGCCCCGUGUGUUGCUAACCCUAGAUGCGCAAACCCUAGAGCAAAGUAAUAAAGUGCAAGGUGAUUUUGUUCCUUUGCCACAAUCGGGCUCACAUGUUGAUGAAACUGGAAAUGCGACUGCUGAUCAUCUUCCUACAACUGAAACAAUCCCUGAUAUGGAAACCUCCAACCAUUUUGCAGUUCUUGAGGAUGAAUCCCAUGAAGUCGUCGAUGACGAAGGAGACGAAAAAGUGGAAGAUGUAUAUGUUGAAGAUCCUCUACCGCAGCAUAAAAUUCAGAAUGCUCCUGUGUUAGAUGACACAGCGCGCGAUGUGAAUCUGUUGGGUAGCACAAGUCCCUUGGAUGUGGGAACCUAUUUGGAUGAUGAUAUGCUGGGGAUAGAUACUGAGCAGAUGAUCUAG